CCGUCGCCCCCCUCGCGCGCACGCACGGCGACGGCACGAAGCCUCGCGCCACCGCACCGCCGCAGCCUCGUCGUCGUCUCUGCCCCGGCUUCGGGCCUCCUCCCCUCUCCGAUGGAGCGCUGCCGGACCUCCUCCCGUCCGCCGCAGCCCCAGCCCGCUCCCGCCCCGGCCCCAAUCCCAGGCCGUGGAAUAUGCAUGAUGAGCACCUUGUGGAGAGACAAGCAGGACCACCACCUUAUCAACUUCAUUGGCGCGUUCCUGGCCGCCAACUCGUAUCGCCUGAACUUCCUGUCGAUAUCUCCUGACUUCAUCUUCAACAAUGGGGGGCUAUCAGUUGCUUUCAUCUUUGAGACGAGCUGGGACUGUGGGAAUGCAGCUGCUGUUUUUAGCAGGGUGAAUGCACUGAAGAGGCAGUUCAAAAAUCUCUAUGUCGUUGUUGCUGUUCCUACAGUGGAGCAAAUGGAAUCGUUUACUCAGUCUUAUUUCAAGUAUGGCAUGGAGCUUGGCUGCCCUACAUUUGUGCCUGUUAACGAUCCAGAGAUGGGAUUUGAGAUGAUGCUCAAAAUUGCUCAUGCCCGUGGAGUCUGCAAGCAGCAGGACAUUAGCUCAACAAUGAGGAAUGAGCGGGAGGAAGCAGUUCAGUCCAUGGAUGCCUAUAUACGAGUGCUCACCUCUAUUCCUGGUAUUGAUGAUCACGAUGCCAAUAUGCUUGCCCAAGCUAUUGGCUCCAUUGAAGCAAUUGCAAAAGCAUCCGAGAGUUCUAUCCUAGAAAGCACUGACCUCUCCAGGGAUAAGGCAGAGACAAUUGUCAGGUUCUUCAGGGAUCCGCAGUUCUACUUAAGCCCUAAAAUCAACUAAUUUUUUGCAGGCAAAUUAAGGUCGAUUAGCUACUGAAUCUGCAGUGGGAUGAACUCCAUCGACUGCCGAAGCUAUUGGUCUGAGUCGGCUACUGACUGCCCUGGUAGCGUUUAACGAUGCUAUGUUGCUGUAGAGUGCCACAGAUGUGUGUUUGUGAGGAUGUAGUGCAGCAACAAUGCCAUACUGCUUUUGCUUCAGAUUUUUUUACUGCAAAAAGUCAGCUGUUUGGCUUAACACGGCGAUCGUUCGGACAGAUUUGCCCAACUCUUGUGCUGGAAUACUUGAACGGCAGCCCAGCAUACUCGGCAAAGAUGGCACACUGACUUGCUCAAUUUGCUCAUGAGCAUGGAAGCAAUUUGUUCAUCAAGUAAUGUUCUUUUUUUGACUAAACAUGAAUUAUAAUUGGCUAAAAUUUGGAUUGAGUAA